GGAAGGAGGGAAGCCUUCAGUCCGUGGUUGUAACAGCAGGGGGUUGUUUUCUGUGGUGUCUGCUGCGAAAAACAACGAUAUGAAAACUUUUUUGGCUAGCAGAAAACUAAUCGUUAAAAGGGUGUAAUAAGGGUAAUAGCCAGGCACGAGAAUUUUUAGGAUCGUGCCUCUUUAAUUACAAAAAUGUUACUCUGGACACUCUGGAUACCUGAAAGACCAAAAAAAAGCUGUCUUCUGAUGACAUGUGUGUUACAGACUGAAAACUAUACCUAUCGGAGGCUAAAUGUGGCAUUUGAACAGCAUGAAACGGAUGAAAAUUUGAGCAGCACUGCUGAGCAGAAAAAUGUCUUUGGAGGUGAUGGUAUAUCCGGAUCCAGGAUAAUGGACCAAAGGUUAAGAAUUCUGUAAAACUCGUUGAUUAUCAGAACAAUGUUUCAGCAUUUACAAAAUGGCUUCUGAGCAUGUUUUUCCAAUUUUCAGCUUAUCACCUCUAAUUGUAGAGUAUGAUAAACACCUGGAAGAGAUGAGGGAGCAGCUGCGGAUUUAUCAGGUACAGAUGGGUGAGAUGAGACUAAAAUCUGAGCAAGUCACCAAGGAAAAUGAAAGGCUUCAUGCAGAGUUGAAAGAGGUUCUUGAGACACAACUGGAGGCUCUUCCUUUCAUGCCUCUGGGAACUGAUCUUCCUGCAGAUGAAGGAAUAGUGAGAAACCUUCAAGAACAAGUACAACUGACAAAUCAAGAAAAAGAACAAGCAAUAGAGCUCUGGCAGACUGUAUCACAGGAGCUUGAUCGCCUUCGGCAGCAGUACCAGGAACGCAUGACUGAAACGCAAAUCCACGUGGCUGAAAGACAAAAGCAGAAAGAUCAGCUGACUAGCUUCCACCAGCUGACUCAGCAACUGCAUGCAGCCAAUGAGAAAAUAGAGUUGAGCAAUCAACGGUUUCUACAAACUGUAACGGAACAGAAUGUGGAACUAGAGCAGCUACGAAAGCAACUGAGGCAGGCCAAAAUAGAUGGACGGACAGCAAGUGCUAAGAUUGAUGAAAUGACCAGAUUGACAGAGAAGCUUCAAGGCCAGUUGGAGAGAAAGGAAGAAGAAGUGUUAUCUGCCCAGCAAAGAGAAGCAACAUCUGACAAACGCUUGCAGCAAAUGCAGUCUAGUAUAAAACAAUUAGAAACAAGAUUACGUGUUACUGUCCAAGAUGCUGAACAGCUGAGAACAGAAAGAACAGCCCUGGAAAAACAAAUCAGAGAGCUUCAGACAAAGUAUGCUAAUUUAGAAAGGGAGAAGUAUGAUGCAGUUGCAAAAGUCCAAGAUUGCAUACAGCUCUUAGAAGAAGCUAACCUACAAAAAAGUCAGGCACUGUUUGGGGAGAAACAAAAGGAAGAGGAAAUCGAAAAGAUGAAAAAUGAAAUGUCUCAGCUUGCAGAAGACAGUGCUGCAAGAAUUAGGAAGGCAGUAGACUCUGCAAAGAAACAAUAUAAUGUACAGAUUUCUCGACUAACAGAAGAACUUUCAGCUCUUCAGAUGGAAUGUGGUGAAAAACAGAGUCAAAUUGAACGAGCCAUUAGAGAAAAGCGAACAGUGGAAGAAGAACUUGAAAAAAUUUACAGGGAAGACAGAGUACAUGAAUCUGACAAUAGAAGACUAGAGCAACUGCAUCAGAAGUAUCUACUUGCAGAAACUACGAAAGGUGACCUUCAGCUGAGUCUACAGACAACACAAAAUAAACUGAAACAGCUGGAAAUGAACUCUGAGGAAGAGAAAUCUCGUUGCCAGGAAAUUAUCUGUAAGUUGCAAAGCAUUCUGGAUUCAGAAAGAGAAAAGAGUGGUUUUGUCAGUGAACAAAGGUUAAAACUUCAGCAAGAGAAUGAACAAUUGCAAAAAGAAAUGGAAGGCUUGAGAAAACUGGCCGUAGAGGCUCAAAAAAAAGCAAAAAUAAAGAUAAGCACAAUGGAGCAUGAGCAUGCUGUGAAAAAGCAUGGAUAUGAAGCUCGACUGAAGGAAUUGGAAGACACCAGUCAAAAGUCUACAGCUGAACUUAGACGACUGUUGGUAGCUCAGCAAAAAGCAACAAAUCGAUGGAAAGAAGAAACAAAAUGUCUUAGUGAAACUGCAGAAGCCAGGAUCAGUAAGCUAAAAAGUGAGCUGAGUCAACAAAAACUUCGUACCCAGGAGCUCAUUUCUCAGCUGGAAAUGGCAAAUGAAAAGGUAAUUGAGGAUGAAAAAUUAAUGACGGAAUAUCGAGAAUACAUCAAUAGGCUUCAAAGGCGACUAAGCCAGGCAGAACAGAGGGCAGCAACUGCAUCACAAAAGCUCAGCGUCAUAAGUUCACAGAAGAAAAAAGCUGCUUCGCUAAAGGAACUGGAAAACAUUUAAAAAGAUGUAUUGUUCAUUCACACCAUGUUGGAGUUAAGAAGAUUGCUGGUGAAAUCUUGUAUUGGAGCACUAAAAGCAAAUGCAUAGCAAGGCUUGUAAAACUUUGUAUAAACAUUUUCUGUUUUACUCAGGUAAGAAGGAAGGGUGGAUGAAGAUUCUGUCUCUGUAUGAGUAGUAAAGAUAGGAAGAAGACUGCAAAAUGAUGUAAUUAAAGUCCUUUAAUGUAGCAGAUGAAACAAUCUGAUACAGUGCUGUGGCAUAUUGGUCAGUUUUGGUCUUAAAAAAAAAAAAAAUACCAGCUAUGUCCAACUACAGAAUUGUUUACAGGGAAUAGAUGUAAUUACACUGAAAUUCUUAAGCGGCUUUUUUCGCAUACUGUUGAUACCUAUUUUUUGGUUUUUGAUAGUGCAGUAACUUGGGAACAUUUUGAAAAUCUUUUACGAGUUGUAGUAAGACACCAAUUACAUCAUGAAUGUCAAACAAUUGCUGUUUUUAUGGUAGGUGUUGUAACUGGAAAUGCCUCCGUUGCCUUCCAUUUUUAAGAAUUCACUUCAGUUUGUUGUGAUGUCCCUGGGAAACAGUUAAUAAAUAAAGUCAUUUA